CGAUUUCAGGAUAAGGCAACUUACGGAACCAAGUUUCGGUGUUUCAAUUUCGUUUUUUCGAACACAAACCGGUAGAGGGUCCCUUGAAGCAUAGCAGCAUUCACCUCACGAGAGAACAAGGCCUUCUUCUCCUUUCACAUUGCGUUGCAUCAACAUCAUCCUCUUUCCACUGUUUGUUCCUCUCAAUGGUUAUGGCAACUGUGGUGUCUGAACCUGCUUGUGCAAGAACGGUUCAUGAUGUUGCGUAUUCUUUCGGUCCCAAAUGGCACUCUUCUCUGUGGAGCAAGAAGCCGCAUGCUCAGAUGCUUCAAUGUUCUCUCAGAAUUAGAGCUUGUAAUUCCACGGCUAACAACAAGGAUAUCUACAAACAAGUGGGUUUAUUUUCUCUAAGAAGGAAAAUUGAAGAUGCAGUUCUUCGUGCUGAAAUGUUUGCAUCAACAGCCUUGGAAAUGGAAGAGGCAACAUGGAUUAAGCAGGAAGAAAUGGUACGUGAUAUUGAUAUGUGGGAUGAUCCAGCCAAGUCUAAUGAAAUUCUUGUCAAGUUGGCUAAUAGUGCCAAAGUGGUUGAUUCUCUAAAGGACUUGAAAUACAAGGUGGAGGAAGCAAAGCUGAUCAAUCAGUUGGCUGACAUGAAUGCUAUUGAUUAUGGGCUUUAUAAACAAGCAUAUGAAACAUCAUUGGAUGUGAGUGAGAUUCUAGAUCAAUACGAGAUUUCCAAGCUUCUUAACGGGCCAUUUGAUAUGGCAGGAGCAUGUUUGGUUAUAAAAGCUGGACCUAAUGGCAUCUUUCCAAAGCUCUGGGCUGAACAACUCCUAAGCAUGUAUCUUAAAUGGGCCAAAAGACAAGGUUAUGAAGGAAGGAUUGUUGACAAGUGUCCAUUCAAGAAUGGAGGAAUUAAUUCCGCAACUAUAGAGUUUGAGUUUGAAUGUGCAUAUGGCUAUCUUUCUGGAGAAAAAGGAGUUCACUACUUGAUAAGCGAUUCUCCAAAUGAAUCUUCUCAGCUUGAGGCUAGCUCAGCAACUGUAGAUGUUAUUCCUAUGUUCCUUGAGAAUGGUUGUGAUCUUGAAAUUGAUUCAGAGGAUUUGAUUAUCUCGUCUCCCUCAAUUCAUGGGGAAAAUAAGAGACAAACUAAUCUUACAGUUUGCAUUCAGCAUCUACCUACUGGCAUAAGUGUCCAAUCCUCUGGUGAGAGAAGCCACUUUGCAAAUAAGAUGAAAGCACUAAACAGACUGAAAGCUAAACUCCAAGUGACAGCAAGGGAACAAGGAGUUCCAAGCAUAAAAAGUAUAAGGAAGGACAACAUUUUCGGUCUAUGGCAAGAAGAAACUAGGAGGUAUAUCUCUCAUCCGUACAAGUUAGUACAUGAUGUAAAGACGGGCAUUGACGUGCCAGACCUAAAUUAUGUUCUGGAUGGGAAUAUUGGACCCUUUAUUGCAGCUCAUAUUAAUAGCAGAGUCAUGUCAUAAGGUCUGAAUCCAUGUUACUUAGGCCACCAUGUUAUCAUUUUGCAAUUGUUUAGUAUGUUUAAUUUUUCAAUCCUGCUAAAUUCUCAGGAUUUACUUCAAUCCCUUGAUUCGGUGAGCAAAAAAAGAGGUAUCAAUUUAUCCAUUUUGGCCUGUAUUGACAGAUUUGUUGAUGAGUUGAAUGUCAACACAUCAUAUUCUUCUGGUGUCAAUGACAUGGAACAUGUCAUGUGAUUGGUGCCAAAACCAUUCAAAUGUGUAAUCUACUUUUGUCAACCUUAACAUUUGAUCGAAAUGGAGGAGCUUAAAGUAUA